GACUUCCGCUCGGCCGGAGUGGGAGGAGAAGGAGGGGGCGUCGCCAUGGCGGCCGGGGCCGAGCCGGCCAGCCGGCUGCGCCGACGAGGACCGAGAUGAACCGCUGAGGCGGUAGGAUGAUCUCACGAUACACCCGGAAGCCGGUGCCCCCCGACGUCCAGGGGAUUCGAGGACUUACAAAGAAUACCUUAGAACAUCAUCCCCUGCCGGACUCAUUGGAUGACAGUUACCCAUCCACUGAAAGUCAAGAAGAUAUUUCAAGUGAGUCUGAAAGUACAAAAGAGUCAAACUAUCGAGCAGGCAAUGCAAACUCAUGGUCUGCUUGUCAGAGCUUCACAGGCACCUCCACUGAAGACAGUUCAGUUUUUUCUUGGGGCUAUGAUGAAUUUGAUAAGGCUGCUACCCGGCAAGUUCAGCAAAUAUUCAGGCACAUUGAUGAGCUCCUUUAUGAACAAAAACCAUGUUUAUAUGUUAGCCUAGAGGAGGAAUGCGAACAAUGGAUGUCAAGGUUUCCUCACCUCAGGAUUGUGGGGAAGCAAAUAAUGAUGCCAACUGACGAAGGCUAUGGAUGGUAUAUUAGUUCAGCGUGUAGCACUUUAACUUCAUCAGGCAUGAGUCCCAUGCAAGAGAAAGAUCCUAGUGAGUUUACUAUCUGGGGCAAAAAGGUUCCCCUUUCGGUUUCUCUUGGUAAAGAAGACAACUUUUCAAAAAUCUCUGAGCUGAAGAUCUUUGAGACUGAAGAACUGGAAGAUACCGUGAUUAUCUCUGAAGGAAUAAUGGAGGAAUACUUAGCAUUUGACCGCAGAGAUGUAGGAUCUCGGUCAAAUAAAGCUUCUUGUCAUUUCUUUGGGAUAUUGGUAGAUGAUGGGAAGAAUGUCAUUUCUGUAGAAGCAAACAGGACAGAUUCUGGAAGUCCUUUUAUGCAGUUUGAACCUAUGCCUUUGGUAUUACCUCGGAUGCCACAAACCAAAAUGCCCUCUAUCCCUUCAAAUCUGGUAAAUGUUUCUCAAGGUACAUAUGCUGGCCCCCAACGUAAUUUGAAUGGCUUGAUGGUUAUUCAUGGGAUUCCCUUACAUCCGAGGAACUUGCCCUUGAUGGACAAAAUAUUAGACUACGAUGAAAGAAUGCUUAUGAGACCAGGAUCCAGUUCUAUCUUGUCAACCAGAGCUCGGCCAAACCGUCCCCUUGAGCUCAGUGCAUCUUCUCUGUCCUACUGUACACAGUCGGCGAGGAGGCGUAACCCCCCACCACGUACCCUGCAUCCUAUCAAUGCCAGCCUUUCUCGCUCAGGAACCCCGCGACCCUUGGAUGAUGUCAUCAGGGGAACUCGACUCUCUGCUGCAAAUGAGCAGCUGUCAUCACCUUCUCCGAUGCCAUUAAGCAGAAAUAAUCUCCUGCCUCCUAUUAGUACCAUAGAAGGAACAGAACACAUAGUAUCCCAAAAGCAAACGAAAUCCCGGGUAAAUGUUAACCGGGCUCGAAGUGCAGUAGCAGAUGAUGUCAGCCAUCAACCAGUUCAUGAGAGAUUUUUAUUACCUGAGAGUUUUUCCAGGCCUAAUACAUCGCAUGCAUUUUGGGCAGAAACACAGUAUCGUCGUUCUUGCACUGUUAUUGAUUAUGCUAAUCAGACACGAAAUAAUAAAGGAUCUGCUGGUACAGAUCCUGUCAACGUAGGUGUCAUGGGAACCAGUUUAGGGAUAUCUAGCUCUUCCUACAUUAAUUCUUUCCACCACCAGCCUCUUGGUCAUUUUCUUGAUGAAGAUGAGGAAGAUAAUGAUCAUCCCCCUCUGGUAGGUCUUCAGUUAUAUGGUUCUGUAGGAACUCACAGCCGAGCUGGAUCACGAAAUAAACAGGGAUUGUAAGCCAUCCGUCUCCAAGACGAGGGAGAAUCUACGGAAGCUUUUAAAAGCAGUAUUCAACGACAGCAAUAUCAAAUCCGUUUACAGAAGAAAUUUAACAUUUUUCUUUAGAAAAGUCUUAUUUUUGUAUAACAACUGCCAAAGACUACGUGGUUGUAUGAGAAUUUUGUGCCAGCAGAAACUUGUUUUGAUGGAGCACUAAAAGUUUGCGUUCAGUGGAACUCCGCUAUCAUGCUGUUGGUAUGUUCCGUUACAAAAAUAUCUGGCUGAAGAAUGCAGUACUGGUUAAGAUUCAAAGACUUGCUAGUUACUGAUACUUAAUAGCAAUAUGUUUAGCAAUAUUAUUUAUAAUGAUAUUAAAUUGGAUUAUUGCUUGGCCUGCACCUCCAGUAGUUUCCCUUAAAUGUUUAAACAGUUGAAGGUUGACAUUGCUAAUUCACCUAUUUUGAAAAAGUUGGUAUUUGAAAGGAUUAAACAGAGGAUUAAACGCAGUAUAUUUGAAUUCAUUUAUGUAUUUAAAUGCAGGAUACCAUUAUUUCCCAAUUAAAUCCAUACAUGUUUAACCACUUUUUAACCAUGCUAACUUUGGCUAGGAUUGUAAAGCACCACUUUAGUUGUAUAUUCUUCAACUGUAGUCAAUACAUAAUAUCUUUUUUAAGUAAAUGAACAUUUUUGAUGAAAACUUUUAAGAAACCUUUUCACCAUGUACUCAGAUUUAACUGUUUAGGGUUUUCUCAUUGGGAAGACAAAAUACUUCCUACAUUUUGGAGGAGUCAAGCCCAGUGAGGUAUUACAAUAGAUAAAAGCAUAGCAACCUGAAUAUUGUGUUUAAUGUCUAACAUAAUUUCAAUGUAAUUCAACAAAGACGAACUAGUAAGAUGAACUAGUAAAUGCCAGCCAUUAACUGAUGAAGCUAUGUAUAAAAUAAAGGUAACUGCAUUUUCCCUGAUACCAUGUGAGAGACAUAAAAGAAACAAGAUAGGGAAAGAGUCUUCUUACGUUGUAAAAUGGAGACUAUUUUGUAUGCAAAUAAAAGCAUUUUCUAGACUGU